AUGGGGAGCGCGGCGCUGGGGAACGGCCCGUGGGUGCUGCGGGCACUCACCGGGUGCCUGCUGGGCGCCCUGGUGCUGAGCACGCUGCUGGGCAAUGCGCUUGUGUGCCUCGCCGUCCUGCGCUUCCGCCACCUCCGCAACAAGGUCACCAACUGGUUCGUGCUGUCACUGGCCAUCUCGGACCUCUGCGUGGCCCUUUUGGUGAUGCCCUGGAAGGCGGUCACUGAGGUGGCUGGGGGCUCCUGGCUCUUUGGCAGCCACUUUUGUGACACCUGGGUGGCCUUCGACAUCAUGUGCUCCACCGCCUCCAUCCUCCACCUCUGCAUCAUCAGCCUGGACCGGUACUGGGCCAUCGCCAGCCCCUUUCGCUAUGAGCGCAGGAUGACGCAGCGCCUUGCUUGUGCCAUGAUAGCCAUGGCCUGGGCUCUCUCCAUCCUCAUCUCCUUCAUCCCCGUGCAGCUACACUGGCAUAAAGCCAAGGACAGCAGAGAUCCAGGCUCCUGGCUACCCGGGACACCCCGUUGUGACGUCAGGUUGAACCGCACUUAUGCCAUCACCUCCUCCCUUAUCAGCUUCUACAUCCCCGUGGCCAUAAUGAUCAUUACCUAUACCAGGAUCUACAGAAUUGCCCAGGCCCAGAUCCGCCGCAUCUCCACCCUAGAGAGAGCAGCGGGGCAGUGGCCAGCUCCUGGCAAGGAGCCCACCUCCUCUUUGCGGAGUUCCUUGCACAAGGAGACCAGGGUGCUGCAGACCCUUUCUAUCAUAAUGGGAGUCUUUGUUUGCUGCUGGCUGCCCUUCUUCCUGCUGAACUGCCUGCUGCCUUUCUGCCAGCCCAGCCUCGAGGAGGACCCUGAAGGACAGUCACUCUGUAUUGGCCAAACCACCUUCAACGUCUUUGUGUGGUUUGGCUGGGCCAACUCUUCAGUGAAUCCAGUGAUCUAUGCUUUCAAUGCAGACUUCAGGAGGGCUUUCAGCAAUCUCUUGGGCUGCCAGUGCUCCUGCUGUGGCACACCCAAAUCCCCUGUGGAGAGGGUCAACUUCAGCAAUGAGCUGGUUUCCUAUCACCAUGACACCACCUGCCAGAAGGAAGGAGCUGUCCCGUUGUCAGUGCCUCCUGCUGCCACCACUGCCUGGGUGCAGCCUGUGCCCCAUGCCAUAAACCUCCAGGGAGAGGACAGCAGUGAGGAGAUGUCUAUGGAGAAGAGGGUUGUGACUUCUCAGACACAGACUGCCCUUGGCAGCAGCCCUAGCAGUUGUCAAGUGCCAGCUAUUUUGCAAUUGGAUUGCAAGGCAAAGCCAUCCCUGUAAACUGCUGCCCCCUGUACAGAACUUGGUCAGUGUGAGGGACCCCAUUGCCUUGUCUCAGAGGGAUGAGUGAUUAAACACGUCUCACACACACAGCCACCACACAGGGAGAGUUCUUCCUGUCUCUAUGUAAGUUCCCCAGCAACAAAAGUCCCAUGCCAGAGGGAUGGGAAAACACUGCUCUUAUCACAGAGGGGUGAUAGGCAUAUGGAGUCCAUUCCAAAGGCACAUAGCAGCCACACAUUAACCUCUUCCCAUGGCAACCUUUACCCUUAACUCUCACAGUCAUUAGAUAUCUCCAAUGCAUUUGUUCACCCCCAUUUUACAGUCAGAUUUGAGGUAUAUAUUAGGAAUAGUGAGAUAUUAGAUCAAAGUAAACAAACUCAUCAUUCAGGCAGCCAAUCCCUCCAGAAAGUAGAAAUAUAAUAUGAUCCACAAAAGAAAGAGUGACCAGGUCAUCUCUGUCAACCCAUUUCACUACUUGUAAAUAUGAAGUUCAACAAAAGGCACAGCAAAUAGGUGGCUUGCAGGAGAGAGAAUACUGGGAAAAGUUUAUGAUCAUUUCUAUCUGUGUAGAAGGGUUCAGCAGACAUUAAGGCAAUACAGUGGCAUCUCAUUGUCCUCUGUUUCUCUGUCCACUACUUAAAGGUUCUGCUGCUGAGCAUUUAAGACUGUGCUCCACUCACCACCAUCCUUGCCCCAUUUUUUCCGUCCCCCACCUAUGAUGGAUUGCCUUUGAUUUAUCUCAGGAAGAUGAUGAAGAUGCGACUGUCCAGAAAGAGACAUAAAGAAUGCUUACACUGCAAGAGCUCUCUUGGGCAUUGUCUCAUAGAUGGUACAGAUGAUAUUCUUCAGAACAGUGAUCUGUGCUGAAAGGACAGCAGCAGAAAAGAGACUCUCCUCCCAGUGAUCCUGCUCCCUGUGAUUUUAAACCAUGUGUAGUUCUUAAAUCCCUGUAAGCAUUUUCCCUAUCAUUAGUUCUUAUGGGAAAAUAUGCUCUUGCUAUCCUGCUCUUUUCAGAAAUGUGUCCUUGGGGAAUACUUGGGUGUGACUGCCAUCUGUUCUUCAUGGACUACACUGGCAGGACAAGAGGUAAUGGGCUGUAAGGAAGACCAAGGCAAGAACUUGUGAAAACUUUCUAAGAAUAAGGAUAAUUAAGCACUGGAGUAUAUUGCCUAGGUAAAUGAUGACAUCUCUCUCAGUGAAAUGACUGUAAGCUUCUGUCAGCUAUGACAGUGAUCCUGUCUUGGGGCAGAGGCACAGAGUAAUGGUCUCUUGAGAUAAUCUCUAGUCCUGCUUCACUAUGACAAUAUGUCUCCUUAAGAAGCAUUGUGCUUAAGAUGUUUGGCUGUGUGGUUUUUUUGCAUGCAACUAUCCUUAGAUAUUCUUGAGACAAAAAAGAUACAGAUAAGAACUGUGAGAUGCCAUUGGUAUACUUAUUUUUUUUAGUGAUUAUCCAUGUUUCUGAGCAUUUAACAACUAUCAUUCAAGCAUGCCUAGUGCCUCCUCUGGAGAGCAACCCUGAAAUAAACCUGAAAUAAUUGUGUUGCCUUAAAAAAGAUACAAAGUGUUUUUUUGUUUUGAUUCCCAUUGAUUCGUUUCUAGGUGAUCCUAUAUGAACUGUACAUGGAUGCUGUACACAGAUGUUAGAGAUUCAAUUUGUGAGUAUUUUCCUCAAUAUAUUUCUUUCUUCUUACACAAACCAGAAACACAUAAGA